ACGGUGCUGUGGGCUUCCGGCGGCCUCCUGAACCCCGGCUCAAGAAGUGGGUGCGGAACCGGGGCCGUCGAGCCCAGCAGUCUCUAGUCAUGGACCGGGACCUUCUGCGGCAGUCGCUGAAUUGCCACGGGUCGUCUUUACUCUCCCUGCUCCGGAGCGAACAGCAGGACAAUCCACACUUCCGGAGCCUCCUGGGGUCGGCGGCCGAGCCCACUCGGGGCCCGCCGCCCUACCUGCAGUUACAGGGCAGGAAAGAGAAGAGAUUUGAUAAUAUAGAAAUACAAAAAUUUAUUUCUAAAAAGGCAGAUUUGCUUUUUGCUCUUUCCUGGAAAUCAGAUGCACCUGCAACUUCUGAGAUAAAUGAAGACAACGAAGAUCAUUAUGCAGUCAUGCCACCUUUAGAACAGUUCAUGGAGAUACCUAGUAUGGAUCGUCGAGAGCUGUUUUUCAGGGAUAUUGAGCGUGGUGAUAUAGUAAUUGGAAGAAUUAGUUCCAUUCGGGAAUUUGGUUUUUUCAUGGUGUUGAUCUGUUUAGGAAGUGGCAUCAUGAGAGAUAUAUCCCACUUAGAAAUCACUGCUCUUUGUCCAUUAAGAGAUGUGCCUUCUCAUAGUAAUCACGGAGAUCCUUUAUCAUAUUACCAAACUGGUGACAUCAUUCGAGCUGGAAUCAAGGAUAUUGACAGAUACCAUGAAAAGCUUGCAGUGUCUCUGUAUAACUCAUCUCUUCCACCACACCUGUCUGGUAUUAAAUUAGGUGUAAUUAGUGCUGAAGAGCUUCCUUUGUACUACAGGAGAAGUAUUGAACUGAAUAGCAAUUCUUUGGAAUCCUACGAAAAUAUGAUGCAGAGUUCCUUAGGAUUUGCUAAUCCAGGAGUAGUUGAAUUCCUUCUAGAAAAACUAGGAAUAGAUGAAUCUAAUCCACCAUCUUUAAUGAGAGGCCUGCAAAGCAAAAAUUUCUCUGAAGAUGAUUUUGCUUCAGCUUUGAGAAAGAAACAGUCGGCAUCUUGGGCUUUAAAAUGUGUGAAGAUCGGAGUUGAUUAUUUUAAGGUUGGACGUCAUGUGGAUGCUAUGAAUGAAUACAACAAAGCUCUGGAAAUAGAUAAACAAAACGUGGAAGCUUUGGUAGCUCGUGGAGCACUGUAUGCAACAAAAGGAAGUCUGAACAAAGCAAUAGAAGAUUUUGAGCUUGCAUUAGAAAACUGUCCAACUCACAGGAAUGCAAGAAAAUACCUCUGCCAGACACUUGUGGAAAGAGGAGGGCAAUUAGAAGAAGAAGAAAAGUUUUUAAAUGCUGAAAGUUACUAUAAGAAAGCUUUGGCUUUGGAUGAGACUUUUAAAGAUGCAGAGGAUGCUUUGCAGAAACUUCAUAAAUAUAUGCAGAAAUCUUUGGAAUUAAGAGAAAAACAAGCUGAAAAGGAAGAAAAGCAGAAAACAAAGAAAAUAGAAACAAGUGCAGAAAAGUUGCGUAAGCUCUUAAAAGAGGAGAAAAGAUUAAAGAAGAAAAGAAGAAAAUCAACAUCUUCCUCUUCAAGUGGUUCUUCUGCUGAUGAAUCACUUUCUUCUUCAUCGUCCUCGUCCUCUUCCUCUUCCAGCCACAAAAGGCAUAAGAAACGUAAGAGGAACCGCUCAGAGCCUUCUCGCAGUUACAAAAGGCAUUCGUCUAGGGCGCCCUCAAGUCAGAUAGAUCAGAAUAGGAAAGACGAGUCCUACCCAGUUCCAACGAAUACGUCAGCAUCUUUUCUUAACCAUAAACAAGAAGUGGAAAAACUACUGGAAAAGCAGGAUAGGUUACCGUAUCAAAAGACACAGAUGAAAGAAAAAGAUAGAUGCCCUCUCUCUUCAUCUUCAUUUGAAAUACCGGAUGAUCUUGGAGGUAGGUCUGAAGAUCUGAGAGACUUUUAUGACAGCUAUAAAACCCAGGCAUGUAGUAGCAAAACAGAAAAGCCAUAUAAAUCAGAAAGACAUUUUUCCAGUAGAAGAAAUUCCUCAGAUUCCUUCUGUAGGAAUUCAGAGGAUAAGGUGAAAACUUACGGUUAUAGGAGAUUUGAAAAGGAUAUAGAGGAAAGAAAAGAGCACUAUAGAAAGUGGGAGCCGGGUUCCGUGAGGUCUUCCACUUCGCCAGCAAACUCAGACAACUCUUGGAAGUCAGUUGAAAAAUACAAAAAAUACACUUACUCUGGAUCACGUGAUUUCAAUAGAUAUGAACAAAGGUGUCGAUUAAAUACAAAUCAAGUACACUAUGAAAGAGAGGACAAUUAUGGGGAGGAUUUCAAAACAGAGGUUUCAGAAGAAGAUGAACUACACAGCAAAGAGCAUUCAGAAAGCAAAGUUAAAAAAAAUUUACCUCAGAAUUUACUCAACAUAUUUAAUCAGAUAGCUGAAUUUGAGAAAGAAAAAGGAAGUAAGCCAAAAAAUUAAUUUGCCAAGGAAAUCACCUUUACACUAAAUGCAGUUAAUUAGAAUUUGGGGGUAUUUGUUCAUAACAGUUCAGUGUAAAAAUCACUGCUCCUAAAAUUAUUUGUAUAGAUUACAGAGAGUGAAUGUUUUCUAGCUUUUCUCAAAUUUUAUUCAUUUCAGUUGUAGGUCCCUUUGUUACAGCUUUAUUUUUAGGCUUUUUAUUUGUAUGUUUAUGUACAGUAUAUUUUUUACUCUGACAAUUUGAGUUUAUUCACCUGAACAUAAUUUUCUAAAAGUAUUGUUUUUUCAUCAUAUUGUGGUAUAUGAGAAUUCCUGGGUUCACCAUGUUCUGCUGUUUGAGAGAAAAUUAAAUUUGUACAUGGAACACUUAGAUCAUUUUCAUUAAAAAUUAUUUCAUUCUUUUUUCUGUUAAAAGCCCUCAGCUUCUGAAAGA